AUGCCCUUAACCCCAAAACACGUUCUCUCUUUCUCGCCCCCUUCUCCUCCUUCUCACCCGCUUCUUCUCCUUCACCGAUCUCCAAUAAUCGUCCGCUUCCUCCGAUCUACAACACCGCCUCCGACAUCGUCGCCGUCUCCGACAUCGUCGCUGGCAGCCAAGCCCUUCGGCUCCCUCAUCGACGCCGAUUCUCUUCCACCCCUUUCUCCUCCUCCUCUGAUUCUGUCUGCAUCCAUUCGGUCGGCAACGUCGCCGCCGCCGCCCCUGCCGACUUCGCAUCCGCCUCCGAUUGCUUCACAAGUGCCGCCUUCACCUCCGGUAUCUUCUGCAGGACGUCAAAACCGACGGCAACUGCUAACACCAAACGGGUCUUGUCGGGUUACGCUUCGGGUCUUCCUGAUUAUCAUUAGCAAGCAAACCUCUUUCCGUAUUUCAAACUGCAAAUCCAGAAUUGGAGAUUUAGGGCUUUUGAAUUUUGAUCUGAAAAUGUCGCAACCGCGGAAUACGAACUUGUAUAGUAUAAUAGUGCCAACUUACAACGAACGACUCAAUAUCGCUCUCAUCGUCUACCUCGUCUUCAAGCAUAUCCCGGACAUUAACUUUGAAUUAAUCAUUGUGGAUGAUGGUAGUCCUGAUGGAACUCAAGAUAUUGUCAAGCAACUACAGCAAGUCUAUGGUGAAGAUCGCAUUCUAUUAAGAUCUAGGCCCAGAAAGCUCGGAUUAGGGACUGCUUACAUUCAUGGUCUGAAACAUGCUUCUGGGAAUUUUGUCAUAAUAAUGGAUGCUGAUCUGUCACACCAUCCAAAGUAUCUUCCACAGUUUAUAAAGAAACAAAUGGAGACAGGGGCGAGUAUUGUUACUGGGACCCGCUAUGUGACAGGUGGCGGUGUGCAUGGUUGGACACUUAUGCGCAAAUUGACAAGUAGAGGGGCGAAUGUUCUUGCACAUACGCUUCUUUGGCCUGGUGUAUCUGACUUGACAGGGUCGUUUCGUCUUUAUAAAAAAUCUGUGCUUGAAGACAUUAUAAGCUCUUGUGUGAGCAAAGGGUAUGUUUUCCAAAUGGAGAUGAUUGUUCGAGCAUCAAGAAAAGGAUACCAUAUUGAAGAGGUUCCGAUUACUUUUGUUGACAGAGUUUAUGGAAGUUCAAAGCUUGGUGGAUCAGAAAUAGUGGAGUACUUGAAGGGUCUUGUGUAUCUUCUGUUUACAACAUAAAGAAAGUAGGCUUAAUACUAUAUUCUAUAUGAUUGAUAAUCACACAGGAAUUGCUUCUUGAUUCUUAUAUCUAGUUGACAAGUACAUUUGACUCAUAUCCCUUGCUUUCCUUAACCAAUUGAAUACCCAUUUUGUAGCAUUUUUAUGAGAGAAAUUUCCAUAUACUACUUGAUUUU